AUGGCAUCCCUGCUACGGAUGCUGAGUGAUUUCCCCACGCGACUUGCCGCAUUCCUGGACAGGCCCGGAUUCCCUUGGAAACGACUAAUCCUCGGCUUCUCCCUGGGCCAGUAUGUUCUCGAAGGGCUAUUGUCCUUGAGACAGUACAAGGUGUUGCAAAAGAAGAAGCCGCCCAAGACACUGGAAGAUGAAAUCUCGCAAGAUGUAUUCGACCAGAGCCAAGCAUAUGGUCGAGCAAAAGCGAGAUUCGAUUUCGUCUCAGGCUUGUAUUCUCAGAUCCAAAACGUCCUCUUCAUUCAAUACGAUAUCCUCCCCAAACUCUGGUCGCUGACUGGCAUCUGGCUGACGCGCUUCCUCCCUGAACGAUUCUCCGGCGAGAUCUCCCACACGGUUCUCUUCUUCCUGACGUUCAACUUGAUUUCCCAAGCCCUCUCGCUACCGGUCUCGUACUAUGGAACUUUCGUGUUGGAGGAGAAAUUUGGCUUCAACAAACAGACUGUCAAACUCUGGCUCACGGACAUGCUGAAGGGUCAGGCGCUGAUGGUCGCACUCGGUACACCGCUUCUCAGUGCAUUCCUGAAGAUCAUUCAGGUCACAGGCACCAGAUUCUUCUACUACCUCUGGCUGUUCGGGAUUGCUGUCCAGCUCUUCGGCAUCACAAUCUAUCCAAUUUUCAUUCUGCCACUCUUCAACAAGUUGUCACCUCUCGAACCGGGUGAGCUGAAGUCGGGCGUCGAAGCACUUGCAUCGAGACUCAAGUUCCCAUUAAAGUCGCUGUACGUCAUUGAUGGGAGCAAACGGAGUGCACACAGCAACGCGUACUUUUUCGGUCUUCCAUGGAAAAAACAUAUUGUCAUCUACGAUACAUUGAUUGAGAAGAGUGAACCACAAGAGGUUGUUGCAGUUCUUGGUCAUGAGCUUGGUCAUUGGAGUCUGUCGCAUACCACGAAACUGUUCGCUAUCGCACAGUUCCACAUGUUCUACAUCUUCGCCCUGUUUAGCGUCUUCAUUGACAACCAUUCCUUGUACUCGGCCUUUGGAUUCCACGACUCCCACCCCAUCAUCAUCGGAUUCAUUCUCUUCUCUGACGCCUUGGCUCCGAUGGACGCAGUUGUGAAACUGUUGAUGAACAUCCUCUCUCGCAAGUUCGAGUUCGAGGCCGAUAAAUUUGCAUUGGACCUUGGGUUUCAAAAGGAACUUGCGAGGAGUCUGAUCAAACUCCAGGUCCAGAAUCUCAGCACAAUGGACGCAGACUGGAUGUAUGCCAGCUAUCACUACAGCCAUCCCAUAUUGGCUGAGAGACUAGCAGCUUUAGGUUGGAAAGGCCCCAAGCUAUCGUCCAAUGGCAAGAUUGUCGAGCUGGACGAGAAAGUAGUCGAUGCAGAGGUUGUGAAAGCAAAGGACCGAGAGUUGUGA